AACAAUCUUUUAGUUUCCCUUAUUCUCCUGCUUAUUAGAAGAGCAGCAAAUAUAUUGUACAGCAGUGAGGAUCUGUGUGAGCAGUCAUGGACGGGGGUCUGUUUGUGCUGCUUCUGCUGUCAGGGCUCUUCUGGAGCAGUUCUGCUCUUUCUCGUCCGUACUUCUAUAUAAAUACAGCAAUGUCGUGGCCAGAUGCUCAGAGUUACUGCAGAGAGAGAUUCACUGAUCUGGCUACUGUAGACAACAUGGAUGACAUGAACAGGCUGGUGAAUAAAGUGGAUGCUGGAUACAACGGAUCAGUGUGGAUUGGACUGAAGAAGCGGACACAGACACGCUGGAGUUGGUCUAAUGGAGAAAACAUGCUUAAACAGUAUAGAAAGUGGAAUACGGGACAUCCGAACAGUGAAGGAGAAUGUGGAUGUUUUGCCUUUGGAGUUUGGCAUAGCUAUCCAUGUUCAUCACACUUACACUUUGUGUGCUACAGUGGAAAUACUGGAUACAUCAGGGUACAGAAGUGGAAGAACUGGACAGAUGCUCAGAGCUACUGCAGAUACUUUUACACAGACCUUGUCACCAUCCAUAACUCCCAGGAACAAAACCAGAUAAAGAGUAUUAUUCCAUCAGGGUUGUGUGUCUGGAUUGGUUUGUUUCGGGACUCUUGGGAAUGGUCUGAUAAAUGGAGUCGAUUCUUCAGACACUGGGCAAAUCAACCAUUCCAGAGUUCAGGAUCUGGUGACUGUGUUGGCAUGACAAGAACCGAUUCUGGGAGAUGGUCUCAGUACAGCUGUGAUCUACAGCAGCCGUUUAUCUGCUAUGGAGAUGACAAGCUGAAUAGACGACAGACUGUCAGACUCAAAUUGUCGUGCAAUGAAUGCACAAUGAACGAUCCUUCACUACAAACAGCCAUUCUGAAUGAGAUAAGUGAAAAGCUGAAGAGCAUGGGCCUAGAAAGUGAAAGCAAAAUAAGCUGGAGAAUGAAGGAAGAUGGAGAGGUGUUUUAUCAGGAGGGUAACUUUAACUCAAAAAGCACUUUCCAGCACCUCUUCCAGAGAAUUGAGGUAAGACCUGACCACCAGGUGCUCGCAUGCCAGCCCCAACCCCAGACCUGGCUCCAGGGUGGGGCCCCGGCUGUGCCGUGCCAGGCGACGUCACGAGCCAAUCACAGCGAUCUCCCUCACCUGAGCCACACCUGCACCCCUUCAGGGAAUCACAAUGAUCACUAUAUAAGCACACACCACAGUUCAGUCAGCGUCUGGGCUCCUAUGCAUGAAGUGGACUGA